AUGUGCACCACCCCGUGGUGCGCACGGUGCCAGCAGUGGGGGCAUCCCACCUGCGACGCCCCUUGCAAGCGCUGCGGCGGGAAUCACCCUCCACACCUUUGCAAGCAAAGGCUGUAUUCGAAGGCAGCCACGCGGCCCAGUGUGCCACAGGUCGCGCCUCCGGUCGUGGUUAGUGCAGAGGGUCAGGGCACCCCAGCGCCUACAAUCUCGGACAAAGGGGAACAGGGCAAAGCCCUUGAGGCCGCACCAGGAGAAGCCGAGGUGAAAAAAAGCGACAAGAAGGAGCCAGAACCUGUCGAGGCCCCUCUGACCGCGUCGAAAAAGCCGGCGCAAUGCGCCGACACACACGUGCAAACACAGAAGGAGCCAAAACCCGUCGAGGCCCCUCUGACCGCUUCUAAGAAGCCGGCGCCACGCGCCAAAACACCCGUGCAAACACAGAAGGAGCCAAAACCCAUCGAGGCCCCUCGGAGCGCUUCUAAGAAGCUGGCGCCACGCGCCAAAACACCCGUGCAAACACAGAAGGAGCCAAAACCCAUCGAGGCCCCUCGGAGCGCUUUGAAAAAGCCAGCGCCAUGCGCCAAAACACCAGUGCAAGCACAAAAACGUUCCCAGGCGCAGAAAAAGAAGGAGGAGGCUCGCCCCUCAUCUCCUAAACAGGCAGCGCUACCCGCUGCCCCCUCUCCCCGCGAUGGCAAGAAGCCUUUUCCCUCAGUUGUCAAGAGGCGAGGCAGGUCACCUGGUCGCCGCAAGCGCGGCAGCAGUCGAGCACGGGCAGCGGCGGCCGCGAGCGCAAGGUCAACGUCCUCGUCCGAUUCUAGAUGUUCGGAGAGCGCCUCGCCCGAGUACAAACGCCACGCAGCAACAGCAGUGGUGAAUGACGAUUCAUCGUCGUCUAUCACUGUGGAAGACUCAGAGAUGGACGCAAGGAGCCCGACUACGUGCGACUCCUGA